AUGAACUUCUCCAAUAAAGCAUCGCAAUUCAAUAAAGUAAAAAACAAAGAACCAAAAGAAAAGAAAAAAAAGGCAAAACGUUCCAAAGGCAAACAUGAUGGAAAAGGAGGCUUCUUCAAAAAUGUAGACCCGCAAGAGUAUUUAAAACCAGUGCAAUUCGUUAGUGGCGGUUUCCUGAAUAAUAAAAAGGAUGUACCAUCAGAAAAACAGGAAGCAAACAGUUUGAACCCCACCUUCAGUGACGAUGAUUCAGAUGACUACAGCAAGUACGACGUCUUUAAACAUUUCACCUUUGAUUUCAAUUUUGACAAAAAGAAGGAUGAAAAUGAUUCUAUAAAAAGCAAUUUAAAAAAGUAUAACCUGAAGCAACUUAAUGAAAAGGAUAAAAGCUUUUUUGAAAAAUAUGGAUUAGGGUUUAAAAUUUUAAGAAAAAUGGGCUAUGAGGAUGGCAUUGGGAACAAAAUAAAGACGAACAUUGCUCCUAUAGAACUCCAAAAAAAGCAUGUAACCUUUUUAGAAGAAAAGCCACAAGAAAAUUCGAAUGACUCCAGUUCUGAUGUUGAUCUAUACACACAGCAAAGUUAUAUUGACAUUUUUAAUGAACAAUUGUAUACCAAAAAUUUGUGGAAAAGAAAGCAUAAAUAUAGGAAGUUCUGGAACUUUAAGAAGACAAAAAAUUGGGUUAUGGCGCACUUAAAAUAUGGCGCCUAUAUUAAUCCAAAUUUCCAAUUACAACAUGAUAAUCAUGAAUCCGAUGACGAACAAGCGAGUAAUUUACUAAACGUUCAAAACAUGCUCAUUCAUCAUAUUAAAAAUAUCAUGUUCCAAUAUUGCGAUGCUGUAAAAAAGCAACAAGUAGUUGAAACUAAAUUAAGGAAUUACCAAACUUUCCGUUUCCAGAAGGAUAUUUACAAGAUGCAUCUUUUAAUUUUAAAAAAUGUCCUAACGUAUAAGUACUUGCUAAAUUUUCACACCACGCUCGCCUACCCCUCUCUCUUUAACAAUGCAACGUUUAAUGAAUACAUAUUUCGUGUUAAACGGUAUGAGCUCAAAAUAGGGGAAGAUGAUCAUGGCAGCAGUGCAGAUGAUUCUUCUGAUCAUUUUCCUGAGCGUUAUGAUGAUGGGGUUGCACACCUCAGGAGUAACGAAUACAUGUUUAACUCUCCCGAAGACAGAAGAAUCACGAAAUUGAUAAAUAUCCAACCCAAACAUUUAACUAACCCAUUAAGUGAAGAGGGCGAAGGCAAAAAGGGAGACACAACAGAUGGGGACCUCAACUCCCCUAAAUCUCUCACCUUUGAACAAAAGCUAAAUAAUGAAUUAAUAAGUAAUUAUAAGCUAUUACGUCAAAACAAAUAUUUCAAGAAUGAGCCAACAUCAGUCGAUACUUCUUCGCAUGACAUUGGAACAUACAAAAAGAUGGAUGACUUACAAAACAUAUUCGAUUUAAUAAACAUUAAAAAUAUCGAAAUUGAAAAGGGAAAGUAUCCGUUGCUCCUCAGUGACCUGUACACAUCUGUGUUUUUUAUUUACGAAAAUUCUACAUUCUUCCAUCUCAACAUCGGCGUGUCACGCUUUUUCUUGGAGUUCCUUCGCAUUUAUUUUCACAAUAACAAGGAACUAAUAAUAAAGCAGUUUCUCUCUGAUGGCAAGGACGUUGAAAAAGUAAGUACGGCAAUUGGGCGGAAUGCAAAAAAUUCCUUAAAUUCGGAAAGUCUCGAAUCCCCCCAACAGGGCCAUGCACACAGGGGAGAAACGCAAAAUGUACCGACCCCAAAGGAUGAAGUAAUUUCCCCUAGUGAAGAAUUCCCACCUGACACGAGCAGCCGAAACAAGCAACCCAUGUUUAACCAAAAUGAUAUAAAAUAUAUAAUAUGCUUAAAAAAAAUUGUUCUCAUGGGAGCAGAGCAGAACAGUAUGAUUGAAUAUCGAGAAAUUGAAAACAAAUUUGACAACAUAAUAUACUACACGUAUGUCUACCCCGCAUUGUGUACAAAUAAUUUCCCACAAAUUUACAAUCAUAUAAAACUUUUUAAGGACGCCCUCAAUGUACGAUAUUAUAAAAAUAUAUUAACGCUUUUUAUUGAAAAAAAAAUUAUGUCCAACGUGGAAAACAUUGGAAAUGGAGAAAUAGACGAACACAUUCUACAAGACACACAUAACAAACUAUCCAUUCUGUGUGAUAUUAACAAACAAUUUGACAUUGGUGCAAACUUAUCCAGGUACUACACACAUUCUAUAUAUCCGUAUUUGCAAAAAUUUGAUAUCUCAGAAAAUUAUAUAGAACUCAUCAAAUUAGCACUUAUGGAAAAUAUGUACAAGAAGGAAAUAUUCGAAACUGUUGUGAAAAGAAUAAUAUGCGAAUUAAUUGACAUAGAUUUUGUCAACGACAGUUUUGUUCCACGCCUUCGUAAAGUUCUGAUACUGCACAAGUGCGUAGACGACACAAUCGUCUUUCUCAUCUUUAAAGUGUAUUUUUUUUAUAAUUUUUCAAAGCACGUAUGUGAUUAUCUAAGACAACUUAACGCGUCAUAUGUACAAAAAAAUGAACUGAAAAAUAAUGAGCACGAAAUGGAAGCUCCCAUUGCUCCAGAGGAAGAUGCCCAAAGCGAAGAACAAAAAAAGCUAAUACUAACAAAUAAAAAAAAAGAAAUUUACGAAACCUUUAAAAAUGUGAAAGACGUUUUUGAAAAUAAUUUAAUGAAAGAAAAUUCUAUAAAAAAAAUCAUGUUCAGCAUAUUAAACGUGAUAAAAACAUACCUACUGGAAGAGAAAAUUGUUACCUUCCCCGUCGAAAUGGUGCUAGACUUUGACAAAAGUAAAAUUUUUUCAGAUGAUAAUAUAAAUUACUAUUACUUAUAUAAGGAUAUAAAAAUUCCAGUUCCCCUUUAUGCCGUUCCACAGAGAAUUCAUAAAGUAUUUGAGCUAAAUUAUAAGCUCAAUGUACGAAAAAAUCACUUCACGGAUGAAUCAAAAAGUGCCUAUGUAUUUUCUCCGAAAAAAUAUGUACACUUGAUGAACAAAAUAGAAGAUGAUGUAAAUCAAUACAGAAGAAACUCCCAACAUGACGAAAAUAUGAACGUAAAGAAUUAUAUAGAAGAAUAUUGCGUACAAAAUGAUAUCCUAUUUUUGCAAAAAAAUGAUCGUAAAAUAAACGGAAAUGUAGUCUAUUCGAUUAAUAAUUUUUCCAUAUAUAUUAGCAACAAUAUUAUCUACCUUUAUGAAAAUCACGAAUGGAAGCCAACCCUCUUACGCGACCUUUUGGCAAAACUUUAG